AUGAUGAUGAUGAUAAGGCACAAAGCCAACAUGGCAAUGGUAUUGGUUCAGGUUGUUUACGCAGGAAUGGCAUUGCUCUCAAAAGUGGCCAUCUCUCAAGGAACCAAUCCUUUUGUCUUUGUUUUCUACAGACAAGCCUUUGCAACUAUUGCCUUGUCCCCUUUCGCAUUCUUUCUUGAAAGCGCCAAAUCCUCCCCUCUAUCUUUUGUCUUGCUCCUCAAAAUAUUCAUGAUCUCCUUAUUCGGACUCACGCUGAGUCUAAAUCUCUAUUAUGUGGCAAUCGACAACACGACGGCCACCUUUGCGGCAGCCACUACCAACGCCAUCCCCUCUAUCACCUUCGUCUUGGCUCUCCUUUUCAGAGUAGAGACGGUGACAUUGAAGAAGUCACACGGAGUGGCCAAAGUAUUUGGAUCGGUGGUUGGAAUAUUGGGCGCAUUAGUGUUCGCUUUUGUGAAAGGGCCAAGUUUGAUCAACCAUCAUACAAGCAAAACCAUCCCAAUCGGCGGCGUUCCAUCAACAAAAGAUUCCGUGAAAGGAUCCAUCACUAUGCUCGCAGCCAAUACCUGCUGGUGUUUGUGGAUUGUCUUGCAGGGCAAAUUGAUGAAGGAAUACCCAGCAAAGCUGCGAUUAGUAACACUUCAAUGCAUGUUCAGUUGCAUGCAAACCGCAGUUUGGGCAAUCGCACUGAACAGAAGUCCAUCAGUUUGGAAGAUCGAAUUUGGCUUACCUCUUCUCUCCAUGGUUUAUUGUGGCAUUGUGGUGACUGGGUUCACAUAUUGGUUGCAAGUAUGGGCGAUAGAGAAGAAAGGGCCAGUAUUCACAGCACUUUACACUCCAUUGGCCCUCAUCAUUACUUGCAUCGUCUCGUCUCUCCUUUUCAAGGAGACACUCUACCUUGGAAGUGUGGGUGGGGCAUUGUUGCUGGUAUUUGGACUAUACAGUGGUCUGUGGGCUAAAACCAAAGAAGAGGAUAUACAAAAACAUGAGGAAAAGCAAAGCAAACAAGAGUUCAAAGAGGUUGUCAUUGUCUUGGAUUGCGUCCCCACGCAUCGCUAG